GGUUGUGGUGGUCGAGCAUUCACCUGUUCUAGGUGAUCUGUCGAGGAAACGCAGCGAACAGAGACGCUGCACCUGCACUAGACUCUAGAAAACAAGCGCAAGCGGCUCACUCGUUGCAGUCUCGUAGGAACGGCUCCAGCCGGUGUUAAUUUGUCGCGGCCUCUGAAGUAGCUGACCCCACGUCAUGUCUGGUUGGAGUCUGCACGGAGAACUCUCUCCACUCGACUUGCAGAGAGAGAGUCAGCGAUGCGGACUUAUGGGCCUGCCUCCGGAGCUACUGGUGAUGGUUCUAGCUCGCGUGGGGCUCAGGGACCUCGCUAAUCUCAGACAGGUUUGCCGUAGACUGCGGGACAUGGUGGACGGAGCGGUAGGCGGGAAACUAUGGGCUACCGUCUCUCUACAAGGACUUGCAGUCGACUCUACCCACCUCCUGCUCAUAGAGAAAGCUGCUGGUUUUGGAAACAAGGAAGCUAUCAUAAAGCUGGCCAUGGCUUUCCUGUACAACCAGGGAGUACCCAAAGGUGCAGGAGCAGGGACUCUGGAUUCGUGGAACGGAAUCCGAGCGGCUCAUCUUCUCCUCAAGCUGGAUUCUUCAUACCCCUCCUCUCGUCCCUUCUCCUGGUUCCUCAUUAGGCCGCCGUGGAGCUCCUCCGUCUCCAACAAGGUGUGCGCCUAUCACAAGAUGGUGGAGAGAUGCCUCGACCGGAGGACCCCAGGUCUCGAAGCAGAAGGAGAAAGAGAGAGCAAAGGAGAUGGAGAAGCUAACUCUGGCCUGUUCUACAGUCUAGGACAAACUGUUAACUUCCUAGAGGCUGAUGGCAAGGAUGCUGAGACGGGGCAGACUGCGAUGGACUGGUUUGAACGAGGAGCCAGCCACCGCUGUCCAUUCUCGGCUCUGGAGGUAUGGAGAAGAUCCAUGAAACCACAGCUGGCAGUGAAGGAGGUGCCCGCCGUGCGUAGUCUGAGAAAGAUAAUCGCCAUGAGCAACCACACGUCCACACUGGAGGCCAAGAUGGAGCUGUGUAUGACGUAUGCUGGAGGCUAUACAGGAAGUGUUGGCAGAGAAGAGGCUUUUGCCUUCAUAAGAGAUCAGAUGAUGGCCAGUCGGCCUUCUCUCUCACAGUCAAUGUUCAGAGUCCAGAGAGACAUCACCAACGCCAUGAGAUUCAUCACAGUGGACUGGAUGAUAGAGAUAGCUGAACUGAAGAGUCUCUCGAGCCGCACCCUCCACCAGGCCGUGACUCUAUUUGAUGCCUACCUCCUCUCUCGCCAGGUUGACCGCUCGGCCCUCCAGCUGCUGGGAGUGACCUCCAUCCUCGUGGCUUCACGGUGGAGUGGAGCGACGAUGCUGACCAUCAGGGAGUCCUCGUGGCUCACAGACAACACUUACUCCUACGACGAGGUAGUCAAGAUGAUGUCGGAACUGCUGGGCACCUUCCACGGUGACAUACAGAGACAGACGAUGUCUGACUAUCUGGAGGUGUUGCUAGCCCUGGUUCAGGCCAGUCCCACAGUCCACAGCAUGGCGACCUACCUCUCUGAGGGCGUCCUCCUUCAUCCUGAACUCUCCAGGUUUUCUUCAGCUCAUCUGGCGGCUGCUUGCCUACUGAAUGCACAGAUCAUUCUUAGACAAGACUACCCAUGGCCAAUGUACAUGGAGAAGGCCACAGGAUUCUCUCUCUCCUCCCUCUCCCCCUGCUCUCUCAUGAUCUUUAAGAGAUGUUUGACAAAGGAGUUUUCAGUGGCAGAUCACAGAGGAGUGGAACUGUGUGCUAUUGUCAGCAGGUACUCCAACCCAAGUCAUCACUGCAUCAGCAAGCAAGAGAUAAUGUCACUGGAGGAAUUCUCGGAGCAGCUGGGAGUGACCUUUGACCCUGCCACCUCCACCAGUCCCCAGCGACCAACACCUCAGAAGAAGGACGGCAAAGUUCUCUCAUUCCUCAGCGACAGCUGCUACCUCUCUUCCCCCCUCUGGUUCUCCGGGUCUGAUUCCGAGUCAGAAUCGGAACCAGACCUGGUCGAGGAGGGGGAGAACGUCUCUGCAGGUGAGGCGAGAGGAUUGGGCAGUGAUGGAGAACGAUCCGGUUUCUUGUGUGCCGGUUUUCUUCUUCUUCUUCGUUGUCUCUCUCUGAGUCUGCCAGCUGGGCCUCUCCCCUUCCUGGUGGGCGGAGUCUAGAACCACCCUCUCAACUGAGCCACACCCACAACCCAACGAAUCAUCAGCCACCAAACUCUUUAGCAGCUCCUGGAGGGUUAAAGCAGGAAUUGACGAUGUCAGCAGCAGCUAACACAGUUUGCAAGGGGUUAAAACACGAACUGUCAAUAGCUACUUCAGGCAAUGAAGGGUUAAGCCAAAAAGCUCCGCACUACCAUAAACAAUGUGUCCAAUCCAGUCCACUAGCAAGACAUCGUAGCCUUACUAGAUGUCACACAGCCGCUAACUGUUCUCUGCCAGCGAUGGGGAAAACUGACAGGGCUCACGUCUCAUGCCCAGAUUUCCAUUCCUGUUCCAGUGACGACAUGGAAUUGGGUUCAGUAUCGCAGGACGAGGAACCAGAAGAAAUGGAAACUGCCUCUUUUCCUUUGCUGGAAAGAAAACCAUGUCUCAGCCAGGGAAAUCAUCCCAAGGUGUUGGGUUUUGACUUGCCCCCUCUCGGAGGGCAAAAUCUCAUGGGGGGCAGGAAUUCUCCAUUUAUGGCCCCUCAAAACAACUCAACCACAGGGAACAAAUUUUCACCGACUACGGUCCCCAAAGGAAAAAGCAGAAACACGGGUACCGAAAUUCCACCCGUCAGAGGGUUCGAAAUAGCAAACUCCAGGAAAUCGUCAGAGAAGAAGAAAGUUCCCCCAAACUGCCGGACCCCCCUACAAUCACUGACUAAUGCUCCUAGUGUGUCCAGCAGUAGGCAACAGAGCACAGGAAAUACAGGGAAAACAAGUAGUACAGGCUCAGCCUGAUAAACCUGCCAACUUUACUACCAAAUACUAGGCUAUUUUCUUCAAUUUUGUUCUGUCGUCUAGUUUCAUAUUAUGUAUGUGCAAUGUGUUUUGUGGUGUAAAAUGCUCUAUAAUUAUUACUACGUAUGAUUACUCCCAAAAUCCCCCC